AUGCAGCCUCCAGUCAGUCCCUUCCUACUGUCCCCCUCCAUGCAGCCUCCAGUCAGUCCCUUCCUACUGUCCCCCUCCAUGCAGCCUCCAGUCAGUCCCUUCCUACUGUCCCCCUCCAUGCAGACUCCAGUCAGUCCCUUCCUACUGUCCCCCUCCAUGCAGCCUCCAGUCAGUCCCUUCCUACUGUCCCCCCUCCAUGCAGCCUCCAGUCAGUCCCUUCCUACUGUCCCCCUCCAUGCAGCCUCCAGUCAGUCCCUUCCUACUGUCCCCCCUCCAUGCAGCCUCCAGUCAGUCCCUUCCUACUGUCCCCCCUCCAUGCAGCCUCCAGUCAGUCCCUUCCUACUGUCCCCCUCCAUGCAGCCUCCAGUCAGUCCCUUCCUACUGUCCCCCUCCAUGCAGCCUCCAGUCAGUCCCUUCCUACUGUCCCCCCUCCAUGCAGCCUCCAGUCAGUCCCUUCCUACUGUCCCCCUCCAUGCAGCCUCCAGUCAGUCCCUUCCUACUGUCCCCCCUCCAUGCAGCCUCCAGUCAGUCCCUUCCUACUGUCCCCCUCCAUGCAGCCUCCAGUCAGUCCCUUCCUACUGUCCCCCUCCAUGCAGCCUCCAGUCAGUCCCUUCCUACUGUCCCCCCUCCAUGCAGCCUCCAGUCAGUCCCUUCCUACUGUCCCCCUCCAUGAAGCCUCCAGUCAGUCCCUUCCUACUGUCCCCCUCCAUGCAGCCUCCAGUCAGUCCCUUCCUACUGUCCCCCCUCCAUGCAGCCUCCAGUCAGUCCCUUCCUACUGUCCCCCCUCCAUGCAGCCUCCAGUCAGUCCCUUCCUACUGUCCCCUCCAUGCAGCCUCCAGUCAGUCCCUUCCUACUGUCCCCCUCCAUGCAGCCUCCAGUCAGUCCCUUCCUACUGUCCCCCUCCAUGCAGCCUCCAGUCAGUCCCUUCCUACUGUCCCCCCUCCAUGCAGCCUCCAGUCAGUCCCUUCCUACUGUCCCCCCUCCAUGCAGCCUCCAGUCAGUCCCUUCCUACUGUCCCCCUCCAUGCAGCCUCCAGUCAGUCCCUUCCUACUGUCCCCCUCCAUGCAGCCUCCAGUCAGUCCCUUCCUACUGUCCCCCUCCAUGCAGCCUCCAGUCAGUCCCUUCCUACUGUCCCCCUCCAUGCAGCCUCCAGUCAGUCCCUUCCUACUGUCCCCCUCCAUGCAGCCUCCAGUCAGUCCCUUCCUACUGUCCCCCUCCAUGCAGCCUCCACCUCCAGUCAGUCCCUUCCUACUGUCCCCCUCCAUGCAGCCUCCAGUCAGUCCCUUCCUACUGUCCCCCUCCAUGCAGCCUCCAGUCAGUCCCUUCCUACUGUCCCCCUCCAUGCAGCCUCCAGUCAGUCCCUUCCUACUGUCCCCCCUCCAUGCAGCCUCCAGUCAGUCCCUUCCUACUGUCCCCCCUCCAUGCAGCCUCCAGUCAGUCCCUUCCUACUGUCCCCCCUCCAUGCAGCCUCCAGUCAGUCCCUUCCUACUGUCCCCCUCCAUGCAGCCUCCAGUCAGUCCCUUCCUACUGUCCCCCCUCCAUGCAGCCUCCAGUCAGUCCCUUCCUACUGUCCCCCCUCCAUGCAGCCUCCAGUCAGUCCCUUCCUACUGUCCCCCCUCCAUGCAGCCUCCAGUCAGUCCCUUCCUACUGUCCCCCUCCAUGCAGCCUCCAGUCAGUCCCUUCCUACUGUCCCCCUCCAUGCAGCCUCCAGUCAGUCCCUUCCUACUGUCCCCCUCCAUGCAGCCUCCAGUCAGUCCCUUCCUACUGUCCCCCUCCAUGCAGCCUCCAGUCAGUCCCUUCCUACUGUCCCCCUCCAUGCAGCCUCCACCUCCAGUCAGUCCCUUCCUACUGUCCCCCUCCAUGCAGCCUCCAGUCAGUCCCUUCCUACUGUCCCCCUCCAUGCAGCCUCCAGUCAGUCCCUUCCUACUGUCCCCCUCCAUGCAGACUCCCGUCAGUUGGUACACUUAA